UGAAGAUGUACAAAUACAAUCACAACUUAUUUUAUUGACGAACAUACUCAUGGUGGAACACAAGUGCGGGUUGAUGUUUCGGUCAGGGCUGCUUAGUGUGUGGACACUUGUAUUUUCAUCAGGCAUUAAGCAGAUGUACAAUUGUUUUUUAAUCAACAAAUGUCAACUCUUCAAGCCUCACGUUUAAGGUGGAUUUAACCUCAACAUCUGGAUGAUUUCCUCUCCUCGCUUGCAGUGUUUGUAGAAAAUGUGCAAGACAGCUAGCUAUAGCUAACAACGAUGCUAAUGUGGUUUGAUGAUAAUACUUUAGGCUUGACAAUUGGAAGGCGCUACUUAUCUUAACAACUGAAAACCUUCCAUUUAUCACUGUUCGAAAAGCUCAUUCGGUCAGGUAUUUUUUAGUUUCCCGUUGAUGGUCUAACUAACACACGGAAUGCCCAAUGCCAGCACUAGACCAAAGCGGGGUAGGAGGACCCGACGGCAACCAAGAGAGGAUCCCGCCAGAAACGAGCUGGUUUCUCGGUCCCUAGAGAGUGCCCAACAGUGCUUGUUUAACCAAGACUAUGGGACUGCCUUUGUCCACUACCUCCUGGUCCUCAACCUUGCCCCUAUGCUUAAGGACUUUGCAAGGGAGUCGUUCAGAUUCACUCUGUUCAAAUGGGCCGACGAGCUGGACUCUGUGGGGCGCGUUCAGGAUCUCUUUAACUGUUUCGAACAAGCUCUGGAGCUCUUUCCUGCCGAUGAGGUUAUCUUGAACAGCAUGGGUGAGCACCUCUUCAGAAUGGGUUUCCGGGAUGAGGCUGCCGGUCAUUUCCACAAGGCCCUCAAGCUGAAGCCGGACUAUCCCGAAGCGAGGGAGAACUUCUACCGCGUGGCUAACUGGCUGGUCGAGCGCUGGCACUUCCUGAUGCUCAACGACCGCGGGAGGAACCAGAAGUAUCAGCAAGCCAUUCAGAAGGCGGUGGAGAGGGGCUGUAACACUGUACUAGACAUAGGUACUGGCACAGGGAUCCUGGGCAUGUGUGCAAAGAAGGCAGGAGCUGCAGAGGUGUUUGCCUGUGAACUGUCCAAGACCAUGUAUGAACUGGCCUGUGAGGUGGUGACGGCGAAUGGGAUGAAAGGAGGAAUCAACAUCCUUCAUAAGAAAUCUAUGGACAUGGAGGUGCCUAAAGACAUCCCACACAGGGUUUCCUUAGUUGUGACGGAGACAGUGGAUGCAGGGUUAUUUGGAGAAGGCAUCAUAGAGAGUCUCAUCCACGCCUGGCACCACCUGCUUCUGCCACCACAGCAGAUAUCCGAUGACAUGAUGUCCCUGGAACCUUCAAAGACAGGCCGGGUCAUUCCGGCCGGAGCCACCGUGUUCGGCAUGGCGGUCGAGAGUGUAGAGAUCCGCCGGCACCAUAGGCUGUGUGUGUCUGAGGUCGGGGGUCUGUCCCUGGGGGCCGCGGGCCAGCUCCACAGCCCAGUGAGCUGCACUGCGGACGCAGACGACUCCCUGGAGCCCUACACCACGGAGAGGCUGAGCAGGAUCCCCGGAGGAUACACGGCCCUCACCGAGCCCUUCAGGGCCCUGGACAUAGACUUCAACAACGUCACGGAGCUGGAGGGGCUGAGCUCCAGAGAGACGCAGCGGCUGCACCUGCCCGUCACCCAGGAGGGGAACCUGGAUGCCCUCGCCGUGUGGUUCCAGCUCCACCUUGACCAGGAGAGCAGCCUCUCCACUGGGCCCCAGGAGGACACCUGCUGGGAGCAGGCCAUCUACCCCAUCCAGAACCCCAACAGCGUUGCCCUGAGACCCGGAGACCAGCUGGUGGUGGACGUCUCCUGUCGAGACGCCUUCCUGAGGCUCUGCAGCAUUUCCGUGGUGAGGGACGGCCACGAGAUCCGCCUCGAUCCGCACCUCAGCGUCGACACCCAGCAGCCGGGCACCAACCCAAACCCAACGGCGACUGCCGCUCCCGCUCCCGCUCCCGCUCCGACCCCCGCUGCCACGCCGACGCCAAAGCCGACCCCAACCCCGACCCCGGAGUCGGAGCUCUGCAGCGCUCUCGCCGGCCUCCAGACCCACCAGAGCCCUCCGCGGGAGACGUGCGUGCUGGAGUGCUCCGAGAUAGCCCUGCUCAACAACAGACACUACCACCAGAGCUUCAACCAGGCGCUGGACACGCUGUUGACUGGCCUGGCGCUCGCCAAGGAGAACAGCAGCGCCGUCGGCCCUGUGAACCCCACCACUGCCACCAGCACAACAACCCCCUCCCCGAGCAGCACCGCCGCCGCCGCCGCCGCCGCCAAGGACCCCAACGACGACCUCCUCUACUUCCUGGACGUGUCGGAGGGCUUCUCGCUGCUGCCCCUGAUGGCGGCGCGCCACGGCCACGUCAAGGCCUACAGCUCGGUGGAGAAGAGCCAGCACCAGGACGUCCUGCGGAGGCUGGCGGGGGCCAACGGCGUCCACGAGCGGAGGCUGGAGUUCUGGCUGAACCAGGCGAACGAGGAGGACCCGGCGGUGCUGAAGAGGCCCUCCCGGGAGAAGCUGUGGAGCGCCAUCGUCCUGGACUGCGUGGAGACGUGCGGCCUCAUACGCCAGAGGCUGAUGGAGAAGGCUUCACUGGCCAGUUGUCUGCUGGAGGAAGGGGGACGUGUGUUUCCUGAGAGGAUAGUGCUGUACGGCAUGCUGGUGGAGUCGGACACGCUGUUGCUGGAGAGCGCCGUCCAGGGACAGGAGCCCACGCUAGGCUUCAACAUCGCCCCCUUCAUCAACCAGUUCACUGUACCAGUCCAUGUGUUUCUAGACUUCUCCACCCUGGACUGCAGGCAUCUCAGUGAGUCUGUGGAGCUGUUUGUCCUGGAUCUCAUGAAAGCCAGCGCCAACUACACAAACAGAGAGGUCAAGGUGCGGGCCACGUCGUCGGGCCGGGUGACGGCGGUGCCCUUCUGGUACGAGAUCCACCUGGACCCGGAGGUGAGCGUCAGCACGCUCAGCCAGGACUCCCACUGGAAGCAGGCGGCCGUGGUGCUGCAGCCCUCCCUGGAGGUCCGCGCCGGGGACUGGGUGUGCCUGGCCGUGCAGCUCCACAAGAGCAGCAUCUCAAUGUCAGCGCGGAUAGACAACGAGGAUGCCUCCGCGGGGCUCCCCGCCGUCGCCAUGACAACCAGCUAGGAGCUCCGACCAAGGCCCGAGCUCCGUUGUGUCGACUAGUUUGUCAGUAUUGUUUCUAUGAAGGUUAAUUCUUUUUCCUUUUUUUAUUAAAGUGAAUAGUUUUUCCAAGGUAUUUUCUGCCCUACUAGAUACUUCUGUUAGGUUAUUUAAUUUCAGCAUCAAUGUUAUCCACAAGUGUCCGAGCUUGUGUAAAACUACAGGAUCCUUUUCUUCUGUACUCAACAACCCUUUUACAACGACAUUCCUAAUAAAUAGUCCUUACAAAUUAUACAUCAUGUCAAGAUGAGGGAUCAAUUAAUGACGUCCUCCAUUUUGAACAAACAUCUCACCAAAAGUGGAAUGUAUUUCUAUUUGCACUAGAAAAAGCAUGUCAUUGUUAUUUAGUUUUUUUCCUAUGAGGGUAUUUGCCCAGUGCCAAGCCUAAUGCAACUCUCGCAGUGACCUCUUGCCUCACAACUGACCCAUGUGUAAAUGUUAGUGCCAGUUGAUUUUCUUUCAGUUGACUUUAAAAAUCAUAUUAAAGACACUGAGCAUAACUGUUUGACAAUUUCAAUAAUGCCACGACAAAAACACUACCGGGGAACUUUUAAACAAUGUCAGACAUUUAAUCCAACUUUAAACAAAACAGUUAAAACAAUUCAAUAGAUCAGAUAAGGCAAUGCGACACACCAUCAACUUGACCUACAGCUGAUAGUGCUGCGUUCCGCUUACUUUAAACAUUUGAUUAAGAAAAAUAAUGGGAGAACGUGCAUUUGCUGAUUUUAUUGCCCAGCACAAAUCAGUUAAACACAAGUACCAGAACGUAUUAAUGCAACUAUGAAAUAAAAUGCAAUGCAUUCUGAAGUCCAGCAUAGAUGGUACCAAGGAUGGAAUAAGCUACUUGACAAUAGUUCCUGUUGUAAGGUGAUUAUAAUACAGUAGUAUUUACAAUGACAUUGUGAUCCGAGUAGUUCCAUAGCGCAGAGAUUAGCAGUAAGGCAUGAGUGCAGAGUAGUUACAUUCUAUAGCCGAUUAGGAGCUAUGCAUGUUAAAACGAGUGCAUGGAGAGCAAGAGCUCAAAAUCGAUAGAAAAUGUGCUACUGUUUGGGUACAAACCAAAAACAAACGUACACAUUUCCUCGAUACCCCCUUCCUGCAUUAACCAACAGUAACCAUUUUAGCCUUCAUAAAUGCUCAUGAUGUCGUGUGCUAAUGAUAGCCCAUUCCAAAUCAACCAUUUAUUGGCAGCAUAUUUUUCACAAGCUUUACACUUUUGGUAAUGCCUAAAGCUUGUAAAAAUUUGCUUCUAAUACAUCGUCAAAUAACAAGUUUAUAUGAGAAUGAUUCGACCAGGACCUUUUGUGCGGGGGAAACAAUGGUGUUUUGUUCCCAAGGAAUAAUCUGCUGUGUCUCCAGACUACGACAGAAAAGAUAUAUAGUCAGCAUGGGUUGUCCAUUAAAAAAAAAGCAGAGUUUGGCUAAAAAAGGUCUUUAAACCCCUUGGGUCGAAUCUAAAGACUGAAUCUACGUAUGUAGAUCCGUAUGCAUGUUCAUGUAGCGAAGUAUAAUAUUUAGGGUGUUUUAAUAGAAUAACCUGUAGUAAUACAGAAAAUUCUUACAUAGUAAUUAUAGUCUAUUUGAGGGCUCCUGGAUAAUUCCUGAAGUUGCUGACUGAACUUGUGGGCAAGUAACUUAAAACCGUUGGUACUUUUGAUCUGGUCAUAGAGGAAAUAAGUCUAUCAAAAAAUAAAACGAAAGCGCUGGGACGCUGUCCAACAACUUUUUAAAUCACAUCCUUAUAAAGGGUUUGAGCGACGCUACAGCCCCGAUAUUUGGCUACGUGAUAACAACCA